AUGUUGCUAAAUCGUGUCAGCGGACAAAAAGAGACUUACUUCAACGAGGCUCUCGCACAAUGGGAUUGGUUUUGUCAAUCCGGUAUGAUCAACGAGCGAAACCUGAUUAAUGACAGCCUUACGGGCGAUUGCGCGAACAAUGGCGGGACUGAGUGGUCAUACAACCAGGGCCAAACCCUGGGUGCACUGGUUGAGCUGGAUGCCGCAUCUGGCUAUGAUUACUAUAUCGAUACAGCCCAUAGCAUUGCCAAAGCAGCCAUAUUAGGUUUGACGGACUCAGAUGGGAUUCUGCAUGAUCCGUGUGAGCCAAACUGUGGAGCUGAUGCCCCAUGGUUUAAGGGCAUUUUUAUGCGCAACUUGCAAAUCUUGCAGGCAGCAUCGCAGUCGGAUGACUACUUGGGCUUUAUUACAGCGAAUGCUGACAGCCCUUGGAAUCAAGAUCGGAAUGACCGGAAUCAGCUGAGCCUGGUGUGGUCGGUGCCAUUUAUUAAUCCAGCCAACGCAUCGACACAGAGUUCCGCACUAGAUGCUCUCGUUGCCGCUGUAGCAUUUUAG